AUGCCGGCAAGCCCGAAAACGUCUCAAAGAAAACAAGUGGGCUCUGGACCCGCGAGCCCGCUCAGUCCUAGCGCAAGCCCACGACCAAGUCCUUUACUUACUAGCCCGGGGUCAUUCCUCAAACGAGCAGUUAGUGCGGGGUGGAAACGACGGCAAGACCCUCUCGAGCAUCCACUGCCACCGGGAUCGGUGUCAUCGUCCGACAUUGACACAAGCCCGACAUCUCCACGUAGUCCCAACGCGGUAGGUCGAAGGUCUUCACGUGGCGGACUGAGCAGCAGCCGACUGAGCAGUCCAGCGACGAGUCCGCUCAGCAGUCCAUACUCGACCAGCUUUGCCAGAAGCGCCAGUAGUUCGUCCUUUCUCCCUAACGCCUCGGAGCCUGACUUCGAGAUGGUCACUCAAACCAGCCACCAGCACCGUCCUUCCCCUCGAGUUCCUUCCAGGAGUUCGCCCGGUUUCACCGGAUCGCCAAAGAUGCACCAGUCUGAGUCUUCAACUUCAAUACUCUCAUUCCCGCCUGAAGUCAUGACUGUGAAACCAAUAGGACCGACCAAUCCUACCCAUGUGCGACAGGAGCAGCCGCCCAUCGCCAGCGACGCUUCCUCCCCUUCUGUGCCCGUUAUGGCGCCUAAAAGACGAGAGUCCUUACGACGACGAUCCUCAUUGAACAAGGGGCUAGGAAUCGACAGCUUGCCCGCCACCAGUCCGUUAACUCCCCGACGGCAGCCGUCUCUCGCGGGCUCUUCACGAUAUGCGACACCUGAGCCCGAGGAACCGCCUUUGUCUCGUACCGACAGCAACUCGUCUAUAACCGAGGAGAUCAUGACAGUAUCGCCAGUGUCACCAGUUCUACAGACGCCUCCUCUCAGCAUUACCCCCAAACGACAGCCGUCAGUUGAUGGCUCCCUUAACCGGGCUAACAGUGUCGCUGCCAGCCUGAGCAGCAGAGAGGGAUCACUCGAACCCUCGUCCCCAGUGGUGCCACCUAGAGGUGGUGGUAUUCGACGGCAUUCAAGUCUCAAAGACUUUGGUGAGUAUGGAAGAAGAGGAAGAAGAGGAAGGAGUGGAAGGACGACGGAAUAG